UCUGAAGAUACAGGAGAGGAACACUUUUCCUGACCACUUCAGUCGGCUGGGUUGUGAAAUUAGAAAUAGCUAAAUAAAGAAAUACUAGAAGCAACCACAUUUUAGUGUGAAGGAUAUUACUUAUUAAUCUUUGUUUCUUCUAAGUUCUUUUUCAAUCAGUCAGAGGUUUCUAACCUGCAAGUUUCCUAACUCUAAAGAUUGGAGCUAUUUUUUUUUUAAACAGCAGCUUCGUUGAGAUAUAACUCACACUCUAUUCAGUUCACCUACCUGAAGUGUACAGUUGAAUGGUUUCCGUGUGGUCACAGGUUGUGAAUUUAUCAUGACAAUAGAUUUAGAACAUUUCAUCACCCCCAAAGGAAACUCUAUUCAUUAUGUUAUCUUUAAUACUCAAAGAAGUCUAACUUAUUGGUUCAUAAUAAAGCUCCAUAAGCUUAUAGCAAGGCUUUUUUAUUCAGGCUAGAAUUAUAUCAGAUAAGGGUAGCUCAUGUGAAACUUCGACUGAGAGCAACAUUAUUUUUAGAAGGAAAAUGCGUUAAUAAUUAAACCCUGUUUGCUGGCCCCGGUCUUUCAGAUGAGAAGGUAACCAGGCUGUGCAUCUCUGCACUGUUACAUCCUGAUCGACUCAAACACGGACAGACUCAGUGUCGCGUGAGGACUGACAGCCAGUGAUGGAAGCCAGAUUUCAGUGACUUAUUCUGGCCCGAGCAGGACGUGCUGAACAGUGUCCUCUAGAGCUUUGGAAGGCUGAAUGGACUGAACAUGAAGAGCUUGAAAGCGAAGUUCAGGAAGAGCGACACCAAUGAGUGGAACAAGAACGAUGACCGGCUGCUGCAGGCCGUGGAGAAUGGGGACGCGGAGAAGGUGGCCUCACUGCUGGGCAAGAAGGGGGCCAGUGCCACCAAACAGGACAGCGAGGGCAAGACCGCUUUUCAUCUUGCUGCUACAAAAGGACACGUGGAAUGCCUCAGGGUCAUGGUUACUCACGGCGUGGAUGUGACAGCCCAAGACACUGCCGGACACAGUGCUUUGCACCUCGCAGCCAAGAACAGCCACCAUGAGUACAUCAAGAAGCUCCUUCAGUCUAAAUGCCCAGCCGAAAGUAUUGACAGCUCCGGGAAAACAGCGUUACAUUAUGCAGCGGCACAAGGCUGCCUUCCAGCGGUGCAGGUUCUUUGCGAGCAUAAGAGCCCCGUGAACCUCAAGGAUUUGGAUGGGAACAUUCCGCUGCUGCUUGCGGUGCAGAAUGGCCACGGCGAGGUCUGUCGCUUUCUUCUGGAUCAUGGAGCGGAUGUAAAUUCCAGGGACAGAAAUGGAAGAACUGCGCUGAUGGUGGCUUGUGAGGUCGGCAGCUCUAACGUCGUGGAAGCCUUAAUUAAAAAGGGCGCAGACCUAACCCUUGUAGAUUCCCUUGGACACAAUGCCUUGCAUUAUUCCAAACUCUCAGAAAAUGCAGGAAUUCAAAGCCUUCUGUUAUCAAAAAUCUCUCAGGAUGCUGAUUUAAAGACACCAACAAAACCAAAGCAGCAUGAUCAAGUGUCUAAAAUAAGCUCAGAAAGAAGUGGAACUCCAAAAAAACGCAAAGCUCCACCACCUCCUAUCAGUCCUGCCCAGCUGAGUGAUGUGUCUUCCCCAAGAUCAAUAACUUCGACACCCAUUUCGGGAAAGGAAUCAGCAUUUUUUGCUGAACCACCCUUCAAGGCCGAGAUCAGCUCCAUCCGGGAAAACAAGGACAGGCUGAGUGACAGUACUGCAGGUGCUGAUAGCUUAUUGGAUAUCAGUUCUGAAGCUGACCAACCAGAUAUUCUUGUCCUGUUACAAGCAAAAGUUGCAUCUCUUACGUUACACAAUAAGGAAUUACAGGAUAAAUUACAGGCCAAAACACCCAAGGAGGCAGAAGCUGACCUGAGUUUUGACUCUUACCAUUCCACUCACACUGACUUGGCCCCAUCUCUGGGGAAACCUAGUGAAACCUCUACUCCAGACUCCAGAUCCUCUCCACCUGCCUUUACCCAUUCCUUGAGUAAAUCCACUAUCGACAGCGAUGUGAGAAUUCAGCAACUGCAGGAGAUUUUACAAGAUUUGCAGAAGAGAUUGGAGAGCUCCGAGGCAGAGAGGAAACAGCUCCAGGCUGAGCUCCAGUCCAGGAGGCCAGAAUCCGUGUGCUUAAACAAUGCUGAGAUUUCCGAGAACGGCUCUGACCUCAGCCAGAAACUUAAAGAAACUCAGAGCAAGUACGAGGAGGCGAUGAAAGAAGUCCUGAGCGUGCAGAAGCAGAUGAAGCUGGGCCUCGUGUCUCCCGAGAGUGUGGAUACUUACUCGCACCUCCGGGAGCUGAGGGUCACCGAGGAGGAGAUCCGUGCGCUGAAGCAGGACCUCCAGAGUGCACUGGAAGAAAGUGAAAGAAAUAAAGAGAAAGUGAAAGAGUUAGAGGAAAAACUCGUAGAGAGGGAGAAAGGCGUGGCAAUUCAGCCACCUGCGGAAGAGUACGAGGAAAUGAAAAGCUCCUAUUGCUCUGUUAUUGAGAGUAUGAGUAAGGAGAAAGCAUUUUUGUUAGAGAAAUACCAAGAGGCCCAGGAGGAAAUCUUGAAAUUAAAAGAUACUCUAAAAAGUCAGGUGACACAGGAAGCCGGCGAUGACGCUGGGGACAUGAAAGAGGCCAUGAACAGGAUGAUCGAUGAGCUCAACAAGCAGGUGAGUGAGCUGUCCCAGCUGUACAAGGAAGCCCAGGCCGAGCUGGAGGAUUACAGGAAGAGGAAAUCUCUGGAAGACGUCACAGCUGAGUACAUCCAUAGAGCAGAGCAUGAGAAGCUGAUGCAGGGGACCAACGUUUCCAGGGCCAAGGCAGAGGAGGCGCUGUCCGAAAUGAAGUCUCAGUACUCGAAAGUGUUGAAUGAGCUGACUCAGCUCAAACAACUGGUCGAUGCCCAGAAAGAGAACUCCGUGUCCAUCACAGAGCAUUUGCAGGUGAUCACCACGCUGAGGACGGCCGCGAAAGAGAUGGAAGGGAAGCUCAGCGGUCUCAGGGAGCAGCUGGCCGGCAAGGAGGCGGAGGUGGCCAGGCUGGAGCGGCAGCUCGUGGAGGAGAGGGCCGCGAUGACCGAGGCCAUGGUGCCCAGGUCUGCCUAUGAAGAGCUCCAGUCGUCCUUGGGAAGCGAGGUGAGCGCGUUGACGUCGAAGUUAAAGGAUUCCGUGAGGGAGAAGGAGAAGGCCCAUUCCGAGCUCGCCCAGAUUAGGAGCGAGGUCUCCCAGGCGAAACGGGAGAAGGAAACGGGUCAGGCUCUCCUGAAGGCCAAAGAGCAAGAAGUCAGUGAGCUGCUGCAGAAGUUCCAGCGUGCUCAGGAAGAGCUGGCGGAAAUGAAGAGAGAUUCCGAGAGCUCUUCGAAACUGGAGGAAGACAAAGACAAGAAGAUAAACGAGAUGUCGAAGGAAGUCGCCAAGUUGAAGGAGGCCCUGAACAGCCUCUCCCAGCUGUCCUACUCAGCCAGCUCCUCCAAGAGGCAGAGCCAGCAGCUGGACGGGCUGCAGCAGCAGGUCAAGCAGCUCCAGGCCCAGCUGGCGGAAUGCAAGAAACAGCACCAGGAGGUCAUAUCUGUCUACAGGAUGCACCUUCUGUAUGCUGUGCAGGGCCAGAUGGAUGAAGAUGUGCAGAAGGUCCUGAAGCAGAUCCUUACCAUGUGUAAAAACCAGUCCCAGAAGAAGUAGCGUGGGUUCCUUGGCAGGACGCUGCCCCUCGCCCAUCUUUGUGUUAGACCCGAGUUGUUGGCGACCACUGCCAUUGUUCUCCGUGAUAUGCACCGUGACCUAGCCUAGCUCCUUCCCUUCCAGAGGCUUCUUUCUGAGGAAUGGUCCCAGGAGAAGACUGUGCGCCUCAGAACUGUUUAGAGACUUGAAAACAGCAGAGGUGAAAGGCGCCGUCAGCGCUUCUGGCUCCAGAGCUGGGAUCAGCCGUGCCCAGGAGCCUGGCCCUGGUGCUGGUGAGCGGGCACCCUCCUCGGUACCUGACCAGCUAUGUGGCUUCGUCGUCGCUGAGUGAUACGGGGACACCUCUGCGGAGUCAGUCAGUGCUGCCUCGGUUCCUACGCCCGGGCUGUGCCGAUCAGCACAGGAGAGCUCUUUUCGCCUCUCGUUUCCAAUCCGCAAACAUGAUUGGACUUCUAACCAAAUUAGUACAGCGCUAGUUAUGCGGUGCACACCUAAGACCCUUCUCAUGAUAUCCUGUGGAUUUGAAAAAUCUAAUUCCUUCUUUCCCCCCGUCUGCCUUAUAUAGCUCAUCACUGGCUCAUCAAUUUUAGCUUGAUGAGCACCAUUAAUUAAAACAUGAAGCUUAAAAACAAAAGCAAACUGCCCUUAAAAGUUUUCAAGUAAAUUGUCGACAUAUUGCAAAUUCUCUAUGCAAACUUGCCUUCUGCCGUUAUCCGCGAAGCUCAGGAAAUCCACACAUACGUGUUUCAACAAGGGACAGUAAACUGCAUGUUUACAGCCAAAAGAAAUGCCUCAUAGUACUUAACCUCAAUUUUUUAAAAGUGUUUUUUCUCUAUAAUAUUUUUAUUGGCUCUUAAAGAUGUUUUCAUAUCUAAACCCCUUAAGUAAGUGAAAUUCACAUUAGACUAUAUUAACAAGAUAUUUUUUAGGUAACCGUGCUUAAGACUUUUUAAGAAUAGGACUUUUUCCUCAACGUUUUCAGCUAUAGCAAAAGGUAGUUAUGUAUUCCCAAACCCAUUAUGAGCUGCCAGUCCCCCUAGAAUUUCUGCCAAUGUUCCUAGAACCAUAAGCACAUUUCUUAACAUAGUUAAUACUCUUUUUACCCAAUGAAUAAUUUUGAAUGCCCAGCUCUACCAGUGCCCAUCAGUUAUCUCUAGAAGAACUGUUACUGUCAGUUUUUCAACUUUGAAACUGAAAAUCCUGAAAUGGUAAACAUUAUAGUGCAUAGCAAAGGUCUUGGGGGGAAAUAUUUCUGUUCACUUUACUUUCAGGUUAAAAAUGUUUCUGACUUGCUUGCAACUUUCCUUACAGCAUCGAUCUUCCCAAGGGAUGUAAACAGAAUGCAGAAAUCUGCAAAGUAUAUAAUUAAAAGUGCAGGCCUGCUCUGACAGGGCCCGAGCACCACAGGGCUGCCUGGGCUCAGAGGGAGCUUGGCUGUAUUGGGUGACAACCAAUGACAGCAAAGCACAAAUGGCUUUCAAGCUUGGUGUUACUUUUCAUAAGUUGUUUAUAGUUAAGCAAUUUUGAAAAUGCUGCAAAGAAAUGUGAAAGGACUAUUUGUCACAGCACUUAAGAAAACACAAGACCACCCCCUCCUGCUCCCGCACAGAAAUGCUGCAGAGUGUAAAACUUGAGAAAUUUGUAGGAUGCUUGACGAAGCGUAGCCUUUUAUCUUGUUUCAGGAUGCAUAUUUAUUACAAGUACUCUGGUUAAAUAUUGAAACGUUAUAUGCUGUAGUUUAGCGUUUUGCCUUUGUAAUUUACGGAAGGUAUUGCAGAAAAUAAACUUUUGUUUCAUUUUGCA